AUGGGCUGCUGCACCGGGCGCUGCUCACUCAUCUGCCUCUGCGCGUUGCAGCUGCUUUCAGCAUUGGAGAGGCAGAUCUUUGACUUCCUUGGUUUCCAGUGGGCGCCUAUUCUUGGAAAUUUUCUACACAUAAUAGUUGUCAUUCUGGGUUUGUUCGGAACAAUUCAGUACAGACCCCGAUACAUCGUGGUGUAUACAGUAUGGACUGCCCUCUGGGUCACCUGGAAUGUGUUCAUUAUCUGCUUUUAUUUGGAAGUAGGUGGGCUCUCUAAGGACACAGAUCUAAUGACAUUCAACAUCUCCGUGCACCGGUCGUGGUGGCGAGAACACGGGCCUGGCUGCGUCCGGAGAGUGCUGCCCCCGUCCGCCCAUGGCGCAAUGGACGAUUACACAUAUGUCUCCGUCACAGGCUGCAUCGUCGACUUCCAGUACCUGGAGGUCAUCCACAGUGCCAUCCAGAUACUACUCUCUUUGGUUGGUUUUGUGUAUGCCUGUUAUGUGAUCAGUAUUUUCAUGGAAGAAGAGGACACCUUUGAUUUCAUAGGCGGACUUGAUGCGCACUCCUACUACCAGGAUCAUGUUGAGUUAAAGCCAGUUAACCUGUCGAAAUAAGUAAUGACAUUGACUCUGAAAUGCGGCUGCUGAACUUGACUUAGGAAGCAAAGCACCGUUGACAGCUCCUCUCUGCAUCAUGUCUCACUUUCUUCCAGGCAAUGAACUGCACUUCCCUGCUUUCCAACCAAUCACGGAGUUCUUCAGUCACAGCCUAUGUAUUAUUAGCAUUGUGCGCUAGAUGAGUUGUAGGUGCUUGGGUGGGUAUUUUUUAGUCGUUUUUUUCUUAUAUGAAUACUUGUAAAUUGUAAAAAAAAAUGGUUUUUAAUUUUUUAACAGUAUUUAACAUGAGGCAUGCAAAAUGGAAAAAAAUGCUGUGAAAACCUACAGACAAUUCUGUGAGAAAUACCGGUUUGUGUUGUGGAGGUGUUAAGUCAGGGCUGCUGACAGCCACAAUUAUCCUAGGCCUGAUGGAGUUUGCAUUAGCAGAUGCUACUUGAGGUUAGUAGACAGGAAGUUAGAUGCUGAGACAGAUGAAAAUGGGUACAAAUAGUGAAUCCAGCUUUCAGACUGAAUAUAGAUCCUGUUUUUCAAUACCACAAGACCAGCAUGGAGUUUCCCUUUGUUCUAGACUUCCCAAAACCCAGAAUAAUAUUACAGCAAUUGAAAAUUUCAGAUUCUUGCAUGAUACCUUGUUAUGCUUAUGUUCUGAAAAAUAUGUGUUAUGGGUGUGUGGAAGAGUGAAAUGAUAGUAAAACACCUUUCCCCCUUUGGAGGGAAUAUGAGUAUCUCUGAGGAUCACACUUUAUACUUUUUAUCCCAGUCUUGACACUGGUGUCAGCCCUACACUUACAGCCUGUGGGCAUGCAGGACAGAAAUAACAACCGUAACUCUGUAAUCAGCCAUGUUGCUCUGAAGUUAGUCAAAAGGAGCAUUAAAAUUAUGUGGAAUUGUCUAUAAAUACCUCUCAAGGAGAUACUUAUAUGUGUUCUGCACCAACUUUUCUUUCUCCUACCCCAUUCCCAAAACCAAGAAAUUAGUAUCGGAAACAUAAUUUCCCAUGGGGGGGAAAUAUGUCUUGAAAAUACACCACAGUUUUUUCUCUUCAUAUCUUUCAACUACGAUGUCCCAUGCCAAAAUAAGUUUUGCUCACUUUGUGUGACUACUACAAUGAGGCCUCCUGUAGGGCCCCGAAAGGGGUAUGUGUGCAGUAUUUAUUCCAGAAGUUGUUAAUUUGGCCUAUAUAUUUCUAAGACAGUCUAUAUACCAUCUGAAAUUAUAUGCAAAUUUUUUCAUGUGUAGAGUUUUCUUUUUUCUUCUUUUUUGUGGAGUCCACAUAUUUCAUGAGACUCCAUGAGAAUCAGAACUUAAGAAUCAGAACGUACCAAAUUCUUCCCUGGUUCCUCCAAGUUCAUGACAACCAUGGUGAGCUUUGGGGAGGCCUCUGGACAAUACCCCUUCAGUCCCCUGACACCCAUUGAACCCCUUCACUGUUCAUCCCACUGAAUAGCCUCAAAUCCAAAGUGAAGAGGAGCUAGCAGGGACCUGAGAGAUGGUCAAAUCCAAGUCAUCGUUGUACAGUAGAGGACACUGAAGCCUAGGGAACUUUGGGGAUUUGUCCAGGGUUCUGCAUGUAUACAGAGGAGCAAGAGCUAUGGACAAAGGAAAGAGAAUUUGGAAGAUACAGAGUGGGGUUUGGGUCCCAGGUCCACCACUGUGGUCUUGGGUACUGUCAGACACCUCAGCCCUGGAGCUUUCUUUAUCUGUAAAGUGAAGCUAUAAUGCCUACCUCCCAAGGUCGAGGUGAUGGUUAGAUGAAAAUGUACAAAACACCCUGUAAACUGUGAAGUGGCUCACAACCGGAAGAGGCUGUUGUUAAUGUAAUGUCGUAACAGUAGGCUGGACCCUAUCUGGAGCUCUUGCUACAUACCCAAGUGCUGUGCAAAGCCCAUGGAAAUGCCAAACUCUUCCAUGUUUUCUACAAAGUAGCUUGAAACAUUUGCCCACGUUUGAGUGAUUAGAAAUAGUGCAGAGUACAAAUUGCACUUCUUAAUUAAAAAAUAACUUUGAUAUUCAAAUUCUAAGACUAAUACAUUUAUUAUUGUGGAGAAAGCUAAUAGAACAUCAAAAACAUAGAAAAUUAGUCAGAAGAAUGAAAUUAAUACCUAAAUAUCCUAAACUGUUAUUGUAUUAUGCCCUCCACCCCCAAACAAGACCUAGCUCACAUUUUGCGAAGUAGUGCCAUACAAACAUUGUUGCUGUUCUGUCUUCCUGUGAACUUGUACAUUCCUCUAAGACGCACCGUGGAGUCAUAGAGCCUGUCUAAGCGCAGGUAGGAGCCUGGAGAAGGAAUCCUUCCAUUUGUAACUUUUCUAUGGAAAUUCAACACAGGCAACUACUUAAGAUGGUGUGUGUGCUUUGGUUUUUAAUACUUAAUAUUAACUUAAAUAAUAUAACUUGAAUAAUUAAGUUAUAACUGUUUCAAUCCCCAAUUUCAGGAAUCCAUUAUGGUAAUUCUGAAGUUCCAAAAAUUUUGCCACUCAUCAGAAACAAGUUAGGUAGACCUCCCUCCCCCUCUCCAGCCCCCUUUUCUCCCCCACACCGCUCCUUGUCCAGGCUACUCCUUAGAGGUCCUGCUGACUUAAGACAAAAGAAUGAAGAGUGUAGAAUUGUACAGUCAUGCACCACAGGUCCCCUGGGCCUGGGGGAUUCUGACCCAGUACUGUCGCAUGUCAUGAGGCUCACUGCAGAAUGAGUGUCUCCAGUUCUUGCAGCUUUUGCCUGUGUUCCAGGGAGUCCACUCUAUAGGGUACCUCGUGCAGUAGGGCUUUUAACAAAGACAUGUUCCCUACAUCCAUGUUCUUGCCAUGUGGAAGUGUGUGUGUGGUCAGAGGAAGGGAAAAUGAACACAUCCCCUAGACUGUACUCAUUUGUCAGAACCUCUCAGCAUCCUGAGACAGGCACUUCCAGACUCACGUGCUCUCCUCAGAAGUGGUCCUGGUAAAGCUGAAGACAGGACAUGCACUGCCCAGGAAUCCCUAGGGCUGGCUGGAGUGCAGAAGGGAAAAAUUAAAACUGUUUUCUUUGCUCUUUGAACCUCCUUGACUAUGUGUCUUAUAAACCUUGGCCAACUCUGCCCCAGCCUGUGUCUUCUAUCUUGUGUCAAUGACCUGUCCUUCUUAAAGGGUCUCCUGCUGCCACUGUGUGGAGCAAGGAUGCUCUCCAAUUUACCUUACAUCUAUUUCCACUUCCAGUCCUGUUUUAAAGCAGGAAAAGUUAAGCAGGGGAGUCACGGGGGAUAGGGGGUGGCUUGAGAAUUCCCAGGGGUCAAGGGGUAGACUAUAGUCAUCAUGAGAGACAUCUCAAACAUCUCUUUUAGGGAAAACUCUGAAGUUAGCAUGAAGUUAUCUUAGGCUUCCGCCUGCCAUGCAAUACGAAUGUGCGUGUCCCUGAAACAAAAGCAUAUGUUCAUACCACUCUACAUCUGAGAGGCUGUUGGCUCACUUGUUUUGGAGAUUACUUGACAUCUUGCCCUAGCAAAAUAUUGACUUCUUUCUUUUUUUACUUCGGAAAAACAAGCCCUGCUAUUUUCUAAAUAAGGGAGGCAGACAGCUUCAAGAGGCUGGAUCUAACAAAAUAUAGCAAGGCUGCCAUCUGUCUCACUUAAUGAAUGGGACACUUAUGAUUGAGAGGAAUUUGUCUUCAUUAGAAUCAGCUAAAAUGUAGGUUGCAAAGCGGAGGAAAACUAUCAUGCCUCCGCGGAACUGAUUAUCAAAUAGAGACCAAAAUUGCUCUUUUCAACCUUUGCAAAUUAGAAAGGAAUCUUGCCAAGAAUUAACACAUCUUUAUUUCAGACCUAAUUUAAAAAUGUAUAGUAUCAUAAAAUGUGGGCUCACUAUGAAAUGAAUAUUCUGGCUAAUUAUUUCUUAAAGCAAACACUAAUUUAUCAUUUCUGAUUUACCUUAGUAAGUAACUAGGCGAAUCCUAACAGUUGAUUAGAAUUCAAAUGUUCUAACUUGAUAUUUUAGCCCAAGGUAGUAGUAACUGUUUUCAAGAGAUCACUGAAUUAAGUAAUAAAAAUACAAAUAACUGAUGUUUUUAAACUUAGCAACUUUGAAUAUCUGUAUUUUUUUAACAUUUCCUUCCCAUGGAAGAGUCAUCUGUAAUUUCUGCUGGAUAGAAGGUGUGUGGAAGUGUGUACAAACCUUGUGCAGAUAUUCAUGACAAACAGGCCCACAACUUAAGGGUGUGAUGCCUGAAAAAGAGAACUAAUGAAGGAAAAUACUACUCAUGUAGCGGCAUGAUAUGCGAUGCAAAAAGAGAGCAAAUCUAUUUUAAAUAUUAGAAUGUACUUAUUGGAAGGAAUGCUCCAAAAAACAGAAUUCUCAAAAAUUUUAUAGUUUGUGGGUGGCAUCUCUCUUUACAUCCUGAAAAAACUUUAUUGUGGGUUGAGAAAAAAAUGUCAUUUGUAGUAGAUGGAUAAAACUGAUGGAUGGAUGGAUGGAUGGAUGGAAGGA